AUGGACAACGAUGAGAAUACGCAGGCCGAUGAAUCAAUUCCUGCAGACAAACCGGAAAUAACUUCACAAAUUUCAAGCGAAUCCCAUUCAUCAUCUGACUUUGUAGCUGUCGAGAAAACUGAUCUGGAUGCAGACCUCAAAAAUGUUCAACUAACCAAUAUGGCAUCUGAUGUUGAAGAUUCAACUAUUUCCUAUGAUAAUUUACCCUCAAUAUUCGACGCCGACGCAUCCUCCUCGCUUGCAGAACACGCUUAUGAUACGGUGAUCACCGAUGAGCUUAAAGAUAAGUCAUAUCAACCAAUGUUUGGCUCGCUUUUAUUUACCGAAUCGGAUCCACUUAAUCGAGCGGCAUUUGUUGUCUCCACUACUUCGUCAAUCGAAGUAGUUCGUACUCCACAAGAACAAACAGAUACUUCAAUUGAUGAACAUGAUAGUUCAGGAAACAUGCAACUAGCAUUACCUUUGGCUAGAGCAGAAGACUUCGAUGAUGAUGCCAAUGAAGAUGACUUCGACGGUAUACCAGUGCGACACUUUUCGAAUACGAUAAACAAGAAACAGAACGGUGAUAGUGAUUCACUACUCAAUCAUGCUGAACAUAAUCAUUUUUUGAAUGAAUUCAUUCAUUCGAUGGAAAAUGAUAUCGAAGACGAGACAUAUUUAAAUGGCUUUAGUGAUGAACAACAUGAUACAACUGCUGUUGUACCGUCUUUAUUUAAAAAUAUUCCUGAUAUUGAUGAUCCUAAUCAACCAGAAGAAGACGAUGAUGACAGAAAUGACGAUGCUCGAGCUCCGUUUGAUCAAAUGGACAUGUUCGAUCAAUCAGAUUCGAUAUGUUCAUCAUCACCUGAUUCACUCUUAUCUUCCUCACAUUUACAAGACGAAGAAGAGGAGAAUGUUGAUGUCGACGAUGAAGUUGCGCAAUGGAAUGAUGAUCUUAUUCUACAUACGACUUCAUCAAAUACCAAUGUACAACCACCACGAAUCAAUUCUCCAUUAAUUUUAAAUAUCAAUCCAUUGGAUCAAGUGGAUUUUAUUGAUUCAUCACGUAGUCAGUCUCAAUGUUCAAACAUGUCGUCACAAUUAGGUUUUGGCUAUGCUGAUCAAGCUCGGACAUUUAUGAGUGAUGAUGAAUUAGAAACAUCAUCGGCGAGUGAUGAUGAUGAUGAUGAACAUAACAAUGCAGACGAACAUGUGAUGAAUUUCGAUUGUGAUACUUUCGAACGUGAUGACAAGGAAGACAUAUGUUUAGAAGUCAAUCUUGACGACCAUCGUUCGUCCUCUUCAACCAGUAAAAGUAAUAGUAUACGUUCUUCAUCUCCAAUUCCCGAUGAAACACCUAUUAUCGAUAUGGAUGAAGAAACUAAUGAAGAAAAACCCAUACAAGUAGCACCUAUAGCUGCACUUGACGACGAAGAGGAUGUGGAAAACGAUGUAUAUGUACCCAUGACUAAAUUUCAAAAUCUUGCCGAACUACAAGCAAAUCAUGAUCGGAAUGACCUUAUUCAUGAAAUAGUUACGAUGAGACAUUUACUAAAUGAAAAUGAACAGGAUGAUGAAUUUCUCGCUGUGAUGCACAAUCCGACAAUGUUCGAAGAAAUUAUAUAUGACGAUAAUAAUCAAGACGGCAGUAACAAGAAAUCGGACUUAAUCAAGCAAACAAAUUCUGCUCGUAAUAGUACCUUCCGGCCAUCAUUGCAGCUGUCGAUUGAUAAUAAAAUUGAAGAAGAAAAAGCAGCCGACCAUCUUCAAACUCUACACCGGAGAUAUUUAUCAUUGGAGUCGAAUGACGGAGAGAAUCCUGUUUCUCCCUCACCAUCGUCUCAAUAUCUAAGGAAAACAACAACACAAACACCUCCAGUAAACAAUUCAUCUCCUACAGCUGUCAACCACCUUGCCACUCUAGGGGAGAACGAGGACGACGACGACGAAGACGACUACGACGGAAAAGAAGACGCACGCAGAGACGCCAAAAAAGACGCUACUUCUGACACAUAUCAGAGAAAACAAAAGAAGCAAUGUUUGCCCUACCAAGAGGCAAACACUUCCGAUAUUGAUGUAAAACAAUUUGCAUAUCAAGAGAAAUACUAUCCUAUGCUGAAUAUGAGUAUGGACUCCGAGCAAGACGAUGAUGACGACGAUUUGGAAUUAUUACAAACGCUCUCUCAAUUUCACGGGAUUGUUAAUCCUCCUCAAACUACGAGAGAAAAUCAUCAGUCGCCAUUGGAUUCUCAGCAUGUGCAAGAAACGCAAGAUCUACCUGACUUUCCGCACCGUGACAGAAAUGAAGCGGAUUUCUUAACGCAGACAAGCUCCAAUAGUAGUCAAAUAAGACAUUCAUCGCCCUCUGUCAUUGAUGUGUUAGCAAAAACCGACACCGAACAGGAAGAAAGGGCCGAGAAAAAAAAUACUAUUUUUUAUAAAAAUCUUUACCAUAAUGAAGGAGGUAAUGUAGCGUCAACGUCUUCUUUUUUACUUAAUGAUGAUUCACAGUCUCCUGUCGUUCUCGUCGACCCUGAUACAUCCUCGUCAUUGCCUAACUUAUUAUCAUCAUCAAACGAAAUAAAUCAUUCACCAUUGUUCACAACGUACGCCAUCACCGACGAUUCGCAAAUGUCAUCGACAAAUUCAAACACGAAUCAUUUACCUAAGAAUGAUCUUCUCGAUGAGACAACAAACGAUCUAUUUGAUCCAUUUGCUCCGACGGUCAUAUCACCACCAAUAACAACAACGCCGUCGAAAACGUCUGGAAUGCUUGACGACAUUCUGUUCGAUUCGAAAGAACCCGAUGGCUUACAGUCGCCCUAUUCUCCCAAUCAACCGUUUGCAAAUUACAACUUCGAUGAUCUAUGGAAUCAAUCGAUGUCACAUAUAGCAUCAUCGAAUACGAAUCAAACACAAUCAAAUAUCGAUUUUGAUCCGAAUACAUUCUCGUGGAAUGAUCUGAUAAAGAACACUGCCUUAACAGAUCCAUCGACUCCGAAAACAAAUGUACUCUGGGAUUCAAUUCCUAAUGGAGAAACAGAAGAAAAUGAUUUAAAACAAUAUUUAGAUUGGAUUCUUAGUCAUUUGGAUAGCAAUGAACCUCAAAUUGAAUUCACUUCGAUACAUAAUCUUGAAAGUAUUAUUCAAGAUAUGCGUAUGUGUGCAGUACCGUUUGAUCCAAUACCUUCGCCUCCAUUACAUGUCGAUCAUAGCGUUACCAAUCCCAUGAUUAAUGCAACCCAUCAUGAAUUAUUUCCUAUUAAUGAAUUAGAACAACCUAACAUAAAUCAAGGUCCAUCAUCAAUGACAUUAUACGAAGGAGAUGAACGAGAAGAAAUAACACGACCGGAAGAGAGCACACUCACUCCAGCUGUUGAAAGUCUCGUAUCAAAUACUUUGCAAAGAGCUCUAGCUGAAGCUGAUGAACCAAAUCAACAUGUGGAACAUUUGAUCGAUCAAAUAUUAGGACAGGCAAUAUUUGAAGUGCAUACGGAAGAUACGACUCCAGUAGAUAAAACUUUACCAACGGAAAAUCUUGCCACUAUUAUCAGUUGGCAUGAUCAAACGAAAGCAACGAAUAAACAAGUGCCGGAUCCAUUCGAUCAGAAAUUUGAUAGUGUUUGGAGUCGACAUUUCGAAGCGCCAGAUGAUACAACGAAUGAGAAUCUAUUUGACAAUGAAACUGAAGCUGAAGUUGAUCCAUGGUCGGCAACACCAACGAAUAAGAACGAAGAUCCAAUCGUGCUCUUUUCGAAAACAAUCGAUGAAACAGAUUUAUUUUCUCCAACGUAUAAUUCAAUUCAAAAUGUUCAACGAGAAAUCGAAGAUGAUGAUACAAGCACAUUUAGUGACUACAAUCUACCAUCGAUUUUAUCGAGUUCGGCUAAAGUAGCUGCUAUCAGUAAUGAUCUGUUGAAAUACACGUUAACUGCGUCUGUCAACGACGACAGUACAGAUGACAAUUCAACGUUCGAUGAUUCACUGCCUUUUCGAAAGAAUGAAUCGACAGCAACCGCGAACGUAACAGAUGUAGAAGUCAAGGAAGAACCCAAUGAUUCAGAAGAAAUUACAUUUCGAGAACUCAACGCUCAAGAAACACUCUUCGAUAACAAUUCACGUUUAUCGCACUUCGAAGCUUUUGCAAGCGAUCGACCUCUUCAUUCAUCUGAUCAGGAUUCGAAAUUCGCUAAUAUAAUCAGUCAAUUCGACGAUGAUUUCGAUCGACUGACUGCAUCGCAGCAGCAGCAGCAACCUGUUGAUGACGAUGCACCAUGGGUAUCCGUCGAUAAACCACCUGAACCAGUUCAAUCGAGCACUGUCGAGGAGAACGAACCGUGGGAACUCGAGGAUCAUCACAAUGAAAAUUUAACACCUGUACCAACAACGGUGCGAUUCUCUGCAUUCAAUGAUCAUGAAUCUGCUUCGACUGAAAAAGUUAAUCCAAAUCAAAACUUCUUUUCUGAUUCAUUUAAUCCACCAACAAUUAAAGAAGAACAUGCAAAUGAGGAAACUGUCGUUCAGCCUGGUCCGAAAACAGUACACCUUGACGACCAAGUACAAACUAAGCGUAGUCCGACACCGUCCACAGAUGCUUUCGACGAAACAAAAAUAUCCGCGAAAGAAGAUCCAGAUGACAUUGAUAUUGACGAUAUUAGUCCAAGCUUUCACAACGAGCCCAAUUAUGCGUUUGUUUCUAGAACACAUGCAACGGUAGGCGGAGAAAAUUAUGAUCUUGAUCUAUCAGACAGAAAUCUGGUUUUUAUUUUUAGGAUCAAGCCAUAUCAUCAUCGUCCGACAACGAAAAUGCAUCUUCAACGACGAAAACUCAAAUACAUCCUUCAGAUGACAACAUUCCAUUAA